AUGGCGGAAAUAAGGGAAAUUACAAAGAUUGAACAUUUAAAUGGAAAGAACUACCAAUCUUGGAAGUAUAACAUGAAAUUAGUAUUGAUGGAGCGAGGAUUAUGGGGUUUUGUAAAUGCAACUGAGGAACAGCCAGCUGAAACCGCCACUGCACAGGUAAAAAGUGCGUAUCAACUAAGAUCUGACAAAGCAUAUUCAUUGAUUGCACUAAGCGUUGAUAAGAAUCUACAAGUUCACAUUAGUACAACAACAAAUCCUUUGGAAGCUUGGGAGACAAUUCGAAAGCAAUUCGAGUUCGUUUCAAUCACUCAAAUCGUAAGAUUAAACCGCAGAUUUUAUGCUGCUACUAUGAAAGAAGAUGGCGAUAUAAUGGAGCAUAUUACGUACAUGACAACACUGGCAGAGCAAUUGCGAGAAAUGAAAGAGGAGAUUUCAGAUCAGAAAUUUGCCACAGUGAUUUUAGGAAGCCUUCCUGAAUCGUAUGAAAACUUUAUUUCAAGUUUGAAUGCUCAGAAAGUAGAAGAUCUUAAAUGGGAAAAUGUCAAGAGCUUAUUGGUUGAAGAGUACAUGAAGCGAAAAGAAAAGCAAACAGAGAGUCCAGGUCAGAACGAUGCAUUAUUUUCGAGGAAGAGUAAUUAUUCAUUCCGUGGAAGGAAUCAUCAGUUUCGUGGUGGCAGACAGUAUGGCAACCAUACCCGAGACAGUGGUGUACACAAUCAGAGGAGACCAAACCAGAUGCGAGGAAUUAAAUGUUUCAAAUGUGAGAAAUUUGGUCACAUGGUUAAGAACUGUCCUCUUAACAAGAAAUCAAAUGAAUCAAAUAUCACUGAAGAAGGCGAGCAAGAUAAACGUGGAAAUGAAGGAAUAGCUUUAAGCUCUACAUCCACCAAUAAAAGGAAAAAUGAUCAAUGGUUCAUUGAUAGUGGAGCAACUAAACACAUGACAUUUCAGAGGAAUAUUAUAACUGAUUACAAGAAAUAUGAGGAACCAUCUAAGAUCUAUCUUGGAGAUAAUAGAGUCAUCAAAGCGUAUGGCGAAGGAAAAGUGAAUCUUGAAUGUAAUGAUGGUGCAGACAACAUUACUUUAAAUUUACAUAAAGUAUUAUUUGUCCAAGAAAUUAAGAAGAAUCUACUAUCAGUCCCAGCGAUGACCCAAAUGGAAGCUGAGGUUAUAUUCGACGAUGAAAAAUGUUAUAUAAUCAAGAAUGGGAAGACAAUCAACAUUGGACAUUUGCUCGAAAGCAAGUUAUAUGUUGUAAACAAUCAACCAGACUAUGUUAACAUUACAACAACAAAAGUCCCAACACUAAGGGAAUGGCAUUGUAGAUAUGGGCACUUAAACUUUGGAUACAUCAAUAAAUUGGCACAAGGAAACUUAGUCACUGGUAUGAAAUAUACUAAGGGUGAAACCAGCCAAGAAUGUGAAGCAUGCACAAGAGCAAAGAUGCAUCGAAUACCUGUCCCAAAACAAAGCUCUAAUAGAACAACUCAACCGCUGGAAUUAAUUCACAGUGAUGUAUGCGGACCAAUGAACACUGACUCCAUUGGUGGAAGUAAGUACAUUUUAACAUUUACUGAUGAUUACACUAGAUAUGUAACAGUUUAUUUUCUGAAAAAUAAGUCAGAGGUUUAUGAGAAAUUCCAAGAAUAUGUUAGCAUGGUUGAAAACUUUACUGGGUUGAAAGUAAAAACAUUGCGAACAGACAAUGGUGGAGAAUAUGUUUCUAAUGAUUUCUCCAAAUAUUGUGUAAAUAAAGGAAUUGUACAUCAGUACAGUAAUCCUUACACUCCACAGCAAAAUGGUGUUUCGGAAAGAUUAAAUCGAACACUCAUGGAAUCUGCCAAGUCCAUGAUAUUUCAUGCGAACAUGCCGAUCAACUUUUGGGCAGAAGCUGUCAACACAGCUGUGUACUUACACAAUAGAAGUCCCACUACAUCCCUAAAUAUGAAAACACCUUAUGAACUCUGGUUCAGUAAAAAGCCAGAUGUGUCAAACCUAAAAGUAUUUGGAUCAGUUUGUUUCAUCCAUACACCCAGCAAUCUACGACGAAAGCUUGACCCUAGAUCGCGAAAAGCUGUAUUUAUUGGGUAUCCACUCGACACGAAGGGUUAUAAACUAUAUGACAUAGAAUCAAAGAAUUUCGUGCGAAGUAAAGAUGUAGUAUUCUAUGAAAACAAGUUUCAUGAUUUUAAAGUAGUCACUAAAGAGUUAAUCAUACGAGAAGAUGUUCCAGAAGAGAAAUUAAGUGUUGAUCAUGAACAACACCAUGAUGCUGAAGAUCAAGUCCCUGUACCGACUGUACCUGACAUUGAGGACGAAGAAAAUUUGCCAGCAGUGGGAGAAUCAUACGAAGAAAGUUUCAUGAAGCAAGUAGAAAAUCUCGAGACAAAGAGACAGAGAAAAGCACCAAAGAAAUUUAGUCCAGACGAGUGCAAUAUUACCGAAUCCUUGACUGCAGAAAACGAAGAGCCACAAUCAAUAAGUGAAGCCUUGAACGGUGCAAAUGCAAGUAAAUGGAAACAAGCAUUAAAAGAAGAAUACAAUUCACUAAUUAGUAAUGAAACAUGGGAAUUGGUACCACCACCGGAAGGGUGUAAUGUCAUUGGAUCGAAAUGGGUGAUGAAAAUGAAGCGUGAUGCAGAUGGGAAUGUUGACCGACAUAAAGCACGGCUUGUUGCUCAGGGAUAUUCACAGACACCUGGAAUCGAUUACGAGGAAGUCUUUUCACCUGUUGCAAGACAUUCCAGUAUAAGAACGCUAUUAGCUUUGGCAAACAAGCACAACUUAGAAAUUCAUCAGAUGGAUGUCAAGACAGCAUUUUUAAAUGGCUACAUAGAACAUGAUAUCUACAUGUCCCAACCGGACGGAUUCGUUGACCAAGAACAUCCAGAAUACGUUUGCAAGCUUAAGAAGAGCUUAUACGGACUUAAGCAAUCAGCGAGGUGUUGGAACCAAACACUCGAUAGUUUUCUGACGAAAAACGGUUAUAGAAAGAGCAAUGCAGAUAAUUGCAUUUAUGUGAAAUCCAUAAAGAAUGACAAUGGAUUCAUAAGUUUUGUGAUUUUGGCUGUGUACGUUGACGACAUAAUUCCUAUCUCAAACGACAUCAACAUGUUAAACACAGAGAAGGACUUGUUAUGUAAGCAUUUUGAAAUGACGGAUCAAGGAAAAAUUCAUUUUGUACUCGGAAUGACAAUUAAGCGUGACAGAGAAACCAAAACGCUAUUCAUCAGUUAA